AUCGAUCUUAUUGACAUCUAUGGAGCAUUAGCGAAAUCUCAAAUUAUCGUUCAAUUAAAGGCGCAGAAACUGGUUAUGGCUGUCAAUUGUCGCUUAUAGAUAUAUAAUAUUAAAUAAUGUGCGCAGCAUAUCCGCAAUCAUGAAUAUUAUAUCUAAUCGUGUCACGUCCUGCGUUAAGUCAUUUUCGCUUACGAGAAGCGUAUCAAUAAGUUGCUUCAGGCAGAAAGACGAUUUCCAAGAUUUGAUUCACCCAGAAGGGCGGGAACCCAACAUUCCGCAUUACGUGGAACGCGAAGGAGAAAAUGCUGAUUUAAAGAGAGCACGAUUGACAUAUCAAUCUCGUAAACGCGGAAUGUUGGAGAAUGGUUUGCUUCUUAGUACAUUCGCAAAAAAGUAUUUGAAUACAUUCAAUGACACACAAUUAACAUUGUACGAUCAACUUAUAAAUUUGCCGACCAAUGAUUGGGAUAUUUUUUACUGGGCAACUGGUGUUAAGCCUACUCCACCUGAAUUUAAUAAUGAAGUGAUGGAUUUGUUGAAAAAACAUACUCGAAAUGAAGAUCGACAAAGUAGGAUAAUACAACCUGAUCUGUAAAUAAUGUAUUACCAUAGUAACAAUAUUAACAAAAUGUAAUUUA